AUGGUAGCUGUAAACACCACGGAUGGAUUCACAGUCCCUAGCCCGAGGAGGUCGGCACGUUUGGCCACCGUGGAGCCUCUGAGCCCACAAAAGAAGAAACCAAUGAGUCCUACGGAGAAGAGGGCCCACGACUUAAGAAACACCCCUCGAGAUGACAUGGACUUGGACGUGGAUGUUGCGGACAAGGAGAACACGGCUACGGCGGGGACUAACGGUAGUGAAACUUGUGUGACGGCUAGUGAUCAGAUGGAUGUGGAUUCAUCCACCCCACACCCAACUGGGUCUCCUCCCAAGACUCCACCCUCACGAAAAAAGUCUAGUCCCAAGAAAAACAAAGGGAAGAAGAAAGCAGCUUCGCCGGUCCCAAGCAACGACAAUAGCAUUGGCUUCAGUCCCUUGUCUGAGUCUCACACUGGAGAGCAGCCGAUGACGUCAACCCCGGCCGCGCAGACUGGGGAGUUGCUGGAAUUUGACUUCAACACCCUUGGCCAGUCAAAGAAGGCUCUGCCUAGCGACUUGGAUGCUCUUGUGAAUGAAUUGGUCCCAAUGCAAACGGCGGCAAACGACACUCGUCCCAUCGACAAGGAGCCUGCUCCAGUUGAGUCAAACUCUGCCCCUCAUCCGCCGAAACCCAUACCUCGAAAGAAACAGGUCAGUCUGUUCAUGCCGCGCUCCCUCUCGAAUCAGGUCCGCCACAAUCUGCCGGGGGAAACUCAGACAUUGGCUCAAUUGGACCGUGAAAUGCAAACGAUUCAGCUCCCGGACGCAGCAGCAUUGGCUUUGAUGAGUGUGAAGGAACUGCAAAAGAUGAAGGAAUCUUUGAAGAAGGUCACGGACGCACAGAUACUUGCUUUCAGGGAAAUGAAGAGUGCUAGUGGAAUGGUAGCCUUCCCCGGGGUGCUAGACGGUUUGAUGAAGAACAUUCGGUACAUGACUCGCUUCAUGAACCAUCUCGAGGAUAAGAUAUUAGAGGCGACACGGCAUGGGAGGCAGGAGAUUGAAGUCAUUCAAAUCUCUGACGGCGACGACGAGGAAGUGAGCAUCAUGCCACGUAGACGGUCAGCUGCGGAACUCAAGGACUUUAUGAGGCCAGGAUUGGUUCCAGUGCCAUCACAUCUCAAUCCGGCAAUGAAAAGAUCUGCCUCAUCAAGCUCACCAAACCAGAACAGGAAUAAGCGGGCAAAGUCUCAAGAUAUCCUCUGGGUUCCAGACUCGUCGAGCACCGCAAACUCGUACCUCGCAGACUUGGUGCCCCAGUUUGAACCUGGGGCCCAAAAAACAGUUACUGAAAUGGAAAAGGAUCGUCGCGAAUUGGCCACAAUUCAAGAACAGGAAAUCAUUCAGGAAUCCAACGCUUCGACUCCGCCACCUUACGAUGAUUCAACGAAGGAAUUGGUCGAUCCACUUGCUCGAGCAAGGGCAGCUAUGCACAGGGACAGAAGGAGGGCUGCUGCUGAGGCUGCUCUGGCAGCUGAUCUCGCUGAAGCUGCUAUGAUUCCACCGCCACCAGUUCCUGUCCCUGCCGUGCCAGCAACCACUCUGGCAACUGCUUCUGCCACUGGCCCCGCUUCCGUACCAGCUCAAUCUGUCGCACCGGUACCGCCUGGUUCUCAGUCUGCUCCACCUGCCGCUGCCUCUGCCUCUCAAUCAGCCCAGACCACCGCGCAAACCCCUGCCGCCUCUCAGCCUGCUCCAGCCCUGCCUACUACUGCUCAAGACCCAGCCCCUAGUCAGCCAGACGACUCGCAACAGACUGCACCAGAGGGAGGUGCCAAGAAGGGAAAGGGGAAAGGCAAAGGAAAGGAGACUGUUCCAGAACAACCGCCAAAGAAACUUCGAAAGAACAUGACUGCAGAGGAAAAAAAGGCGGACGACGAAAAAAAGGAGAAGGAAAGAUCAACAAAGAAAUUCUACAGCAUUCCAACCACAGCAGGUGAGCUUCUUUCUGGUGCAGCAGGCCAUGUGGUCACUGAACUGACAUCUUCCUCUAUGGCACCAGCGCUCCUUUCUGGUAUUUGGGACAGGACCAAGGUAAUGGACUCGGCUGAAGAGUAUAAGCGAAUGAUAAAAGAUUCAAAGAACACUUGUUGGGACUUUGGACCGGAACUCUUAGUGAAAGUAAAGCAAAUGAUCAAAUGGUCGAAAAACGAUACUCAUCGGGAUUCGUUCUACACACGCAAAGACCUGUUCCGACUCGAAAGUCCAACAGUCCAAGUCCUCGGAGUGCUUUCGGGCAAGCAAUACAAAUCUUGUAUUCACAAAGCGGUUAGGCUCUUUCAGGUUGAUGCACAGGAUCCCUUCUGGAAACCUUUGGUAGUCAACUUCAAACUGGUGAAAGAGGGAUUCGAAUCAAAAGAACAGGACAAGGCUCACGCGUGGACGGUCUUGGGGUCAAUGAUGUGCCGGAUGGACGAUUCUCACGAGUUUACGGCAGAUUCCUUUGUAUCAAAGUUGCUCUCAUACGGACAAGCAAGGCUCGCGACAUUGGCUGCUGACUCGUACAAUCAGCUGCACAAGUUUAUGGUCAUGGACGAACCUCAACCAGAAACUGGCAACAGGGAGGACGACAUGCUAGAUUCAAUGGCCAAUGCCGGCAAAUACAUCAUCGGAAAAAUUCGGUGCCUCAAGGCAGGAGCGGCAGAGACAACAGGGUCCAACUCACGGGCAGGGAACGGCUUCUUGGUAAUUCAAAGACGGAUCUGGGAAACACUUCUUUGUAUCCUCAUGAUGCAGCAGUCUAGCUUUAUGGAGGAAUGCGCUUCGAUGAAGGAAGGCCAUAUUCGCGAAGAUGAGGUCGCCAAGCUGACUGAGGACAUGGUAGCUAACGACCGCGGACGAUCAAUUUUCGACAAAGGUGAUAUCGUGACGGAAUUGACAGAGAAGCAGAGAAAGGAGUGGGGUAAACUUCGGCUCGGGGCGUUUGGUUCUAUGGCGAUUUAUUUUCUUUACGGCGCGGCCGGAUGGUGGCAUUGUCUCUACAACAACAGUGCUUACAAUCAGAAGGACAUUUGGUCUCUAGUCACGCUCGCUCACGCUAGACACGAAUACUUGUACACUGAUGGACGAUACACUCUUAGGGCCCCAGAGUGCACCCCCUGGUACACAACCGACAGCUUCAUCCGGUUUGUACUCCGCUUGGCUAAUGUCACCCAAGACAACAUCUUUGAGAUGGAUUGGGACAUUGCUCCACGAACGUUCAAUAAGUGGGUCACCGAUGAGAAUAUCGCCCGAUUCGCAUUACACGAUAUCCUCAGAGAGUGCAACUUGCCCGGUCAAUCGCUCAACUUAGAUGGUAAUCCGGCUCCACCAGUCACAUUGCUUGAGGCACACGAGGAGGAAGUUCGUCAGAUUACAGAGAAGGUCAGAUCAGCUUGGGACCCAGCAGUGGCACGACAUCUAAUCUCAUUGGACGAAGCAGAUGUCAGUCCAGACGUCUCAGCAGCUAAUGCUUUGCGGGGCCUCAGCAUCGAACAAUCUCAGCCGGCUCAGGGGACUUCUGGAUCACAAAGGCCUCCAGACACCCAGCAGUCAAAGGCCCCUACACCUCCACCCAACGCCCAGCCAUCCUCCGCAGCCAACAAAGAUAAUCCAGCCCCCCCAAGUAGUGAUAGGUCUGACUCCCCCAUCCCUCGCCGAUCAAAGAAGAAGACUCCAAGGCAACCAUCAACUCCCCCAAGUGACACUCACGAGUCCUCGGUUCGCUCAGUAAAGAAUAGGGAACCAACGCCUACUCGGUACACCGACGAUGAAGAAGAGGAAGAGGAAGAGGAAGAGGAAGACGAAGACGAAGACGAAGAUGGAGAUGAAGAGGCUGAGGAGAGAAACCGCAGGAAGAAAGAAUCCAGGUUUGUGGAUGUUGUAGCUGGAGAGGAUUAG